AUGGAAUCAAUCUUGAAAUCUAAAGUUCCAAUUCUUGAUCUCACGAGCCACCAAGAUUUGAAACCAAACACUUCCACAUGGCGUUCCAUUUCCAAAGAAGCAUGUGAAGCCUUAGAGGAAUACGGCUGUUUCGUGGCCAUGUACGACGGAGUAAGGCAGCAACUAGACGACUCCGCCUUCGCCGCGGCUAAGGAAUUGUUCGAUCUACCGACGGAGACAAAGAGGAAGAACGUGAACGAGAAGCCUUACCAUGGCUACGUUGGCCAAAUGCCUGUAAUUCCUCUUCAUGAAGGCCUUGGAAUUGACUAUGUUACAAACAAAGAAGAUGCUCAAAGAUUCACUCAGCUCAUGUGGCCUCAAGGAAACCAUCACUUUUGCGAAACCGUGCAUGAUUUCUCAACCGCGGUUGUGGAAUUGGACAAAUUAGUAGUGAGGAUAAUAUUCGAGCAAUACUGUGUUGAGAAACACUACGAAUCUCACGUCCGAUCAAAGACUUACCUACUCAAAUUCCUCAAGUACUUGGCUCCACCAGAGUGUACCUCAAUGCAGGCUUUUCCUCAGCAUACAGACAAAACCUUCUUAUCGAUACUUCACCAAAAUGAUGUGAAUGGUUUAGAGGUCAAAUCGAAAGACGGUGAAUGGAUUUCCCUUCAACUCCCACCAAAGUCAUAUGUUGUCAUGGCUGGUGACAUCUCUAUGGGUUGGAGCAAUGAUAGGAUACGUUCUUGUGAACAUAGAGUGACAAUGGAAGGAGACAAAACGAGGUACACUUUAGGUCUUUUUUCGUUUGUCACGGGCACGGUUUCUGUUCCUGAGGAUCUUGUGGACAAUGAACAUCCUCUUAUGUACAAGCCAUUUGAUAACAUCGCUCUCAUAAACUUCUAUGCAACGAAAGAAGGCCGUGAAGCAAAGUCGAGUCUCAAAGCAUAUUGUGGUAUCUAA